UUACCCUCUCCAGCCCCACCCCUACCUUGUUGUAGAGCCAGAAAACUUAAGCUUUUCCUGCUGCUUUUUCCCCAACUGACGAAGUUUGACCGCUUUUUGCUAUUUGAGCUUAUACUAGAAGAAGUGGGGGAAAUCAUAUUAAAAAACACAAGAUGAAUGUUUGCUUUUUCACCUUUGCCCCAUCUUGUCCCAAGACGGGAAAAGAAGGUCUGAGAGCUAGAUUCCUAGAGGUACUGGUGUAGGAAGAAUGCUUAGUGCGACGAAAGGAGGCGCCAUACUCGGUCUGAAGCCGGGAAAGUGGGGCGGGGGUAAAGUCGGAGUGCUCGGGCGGCGGACUCACCUCACCCUGAAGCACGAUUGCGCAGGCGUUUCAGCGCGGGGAAUCCUGGGCAGAUUUCUCUGCAGGACCCCAGGAAUCUUGUGAAGAUGACUUUAGAGGAGAGAGAGGGAUGCGUUUGGCUACUCGUGCUUAGCUCUGUGUUUGUGUGUAAUCUACUUAAGCUUCUCCUCCCCUCCUUCUCUUCUGUCAUAUCCAAGUUACUACAAAAGGAUGUAGACCAAGAGUCCCAGAUGAGAGCAGAAAUACAAACCAUGAAACAAGAUCUUUCAGCUAUUAGUAUGAUGGAUGAAUUUGCCAGAUAUGCCAGACUAGAACGAAAGAUUAAUAAAAUGACUGAUAAGCUUAAAACUCAUGUGAAAGCACGAACAGCUCAAUUAGCCAAAAUUAAAUGGGUCAUAAACAUUGUUUUUUAUAUAUUGCAGGCUUUAUUAAUGAUCUCACUUAUUUGGAAGUAUUAUUCGGAUCCUGUGACUGUGCUACCAAGUAAAUGGAUAGCUCCAUUAGAACGGUUAGUGGCAUUUCCUACUGGAGUAGCAGGUGGUGUCGGAAUUACUUGUUGGCUUGUCGUUUGUAAUAAAGUUGUGGCUAUCAUGCUUCAUCCUUUUAGCUGAAAAGAAGAAUGAACUCCAGGACUUUAAAUUACUUUUCCACUAUCAGAAUUAAGAAUCUAGUUUAAAGUUUUUCUUUCUACAAUAUACCUUUUUCUGGAACGUAGGUAUACCAAGGCUAAGAAAAAAUUGUUUAUUAUUGUUAUAAUUGAACCAGAAACAUUUUGGUCUGAAUAUACAUACAUAUCAUAAAUUCAAUGCUAAUUUGUUUUCUUUAAUAAUGGUGGCAUUUAUGAGAUAUUUAAUAUAAUCUAGGAUUAUUUUUUUUUAGUAAGCACUGUCAGAAAACUAGGUGUUUUUAAAUUGCCAUAAAAGUACUAUAAAGUGUUAUUUUAAAUCCUGAUUUGCUAAAGGAAAUAACUUUAAUAACACCAGUACUAAAAUGUGACUUUUUUUUAGUCUGGUUCUACAAAAUAUAUUCACUAAUACUGAAAGCAUUCUUAUUAUUGCCAAAACUCCACUUUCUUUUGUGAUAGUUGUUGGUGUUAAAUCUUUAUCUGUCUUUUCUCUAAGGCUAAACUGUAGAUUAACUAUAAGUCUAGCUUAUUGUUAAAAAAAAAAAGUUAGAUUUUCAUUUUUUUAUAAAUGUUUGCUAUGUUUUGUGCAUGAACUGCUUUUGUAUGUGAAACUUAUGAAAUUUACCUUAAUAUUUAGACUGAAUUUAAUAUUUAUGCUCAUGAAAUGGCCUUGUUCUGUUAAAAAAAAGUUAAUUGAAAUCUGAUUAAAUUAUUAUUUAUAUCAGAUUCCAUUUGAACUGUCUAUAAAACAACAUUGUGUUAAACCUGUAUUAUUGGCUUAAUAGUAACUAAAAAGCUUUUUUCAAAGGUUUGUAGUAGUUUUUACUUAACCAACAUUUGUUCAUUAUGCUAAAUCACUGUAGGCAUAUAGCUUGCCUUUAUGUGGGGUUACAUAGUUCACAGAGCACUUUCUUUACAAAAACUCUAUGAUAUAAUGCAAAUAUUAUUGUCUUCAUUUUACAGGUGAGUAGAAUAAGGUUUAGGGAAGUUAAAUUUGUUAAUAAAUGUUGGAAUUGGAUUUGAACCCAAAUGAUCUGAACAUUUAAAUUCAUUUUACAAUACUAGAAUGCUUUUAGUUUUAGAUUGCCAGUCAAAACAUUUUUAUUAAAUGCUUACCAUGAAUCAGGAAUUAUGAUAAGUACUGAGAAUAUAAAAGAAAGCAAAAACAAUCCCUGCAUUAAAGGAUCUCAUUCAUUUUAAAGAGAUAUAACUCCAUGCUCAUGUGGAAGGGACAACAUGAAACUAGGUACACACAAAAGAGAUACAGGUUAGAUGAGAGAUAAUCUGAAAAGGGAAUAAUAACAGUUGAGAUAACCAAAAAAAAGUACCCUAUAGAAGGUGGAAUUUGAGCUGAGUCUUGCUAGAAGCCAGGGAAGGUAAAACAAGAUGAAAGUUCAGGGCAUUCCAGGCAUGAGGGACAGGCAAUGCAAAGGCAUAGAUAGAAAAUGGGAGUUAGUGUGUCAUUUUCAAGUAGUCUGGUAUAGUUAGAUUGUAUAGUGGUUGGAGGGGAACAAAAUAUGAGAAGGCCAGAAAUAGAGAGAGGGGCCUCAUUAUUGGGAGCUUUAAAAUGCCAAAGGGAGUUAAUUGUAUUUUGUUAGAAUUCUUACAAAGUGCUAGGUCACUGGAAUUGAUAGAGACAAUAAUUAUCUAAUUUAGCAUGGUACUUAACAGUUCUCUAGUUCACUAAUGAAUUUAGUAUUUACUCGAAUUCAUACCUUUCACACCUUUAAGAUUGACAUUUUUAAGAGAGCAUGUAUAAGUUAGGAACCUCAACCAGGAUGGAGUCUAGGAGAUUCACAAGUCAGAAGCCCACAAGCCCACUCUCGGGGGAGGAGUCAGAUUCAUUCCAACUUCCACCUUUAUGUUGGCUGGAGAUUCAGAGGUUACUAGAAGCAGAAGCUGGAAGAGACAAAGGACUAGUGGCAAGAGCUCUCGGAACCAAGGAGACAGAUAGGCCUCCAAGAAAGCUAAUCAGGCAAUUUUGAAGGAGACAAUAAAGGAUUUGGAUUCAACUCCUGGCUGCAUAUGGUGUGAUUACACUGAACUGAAACUAAGGCUGCCUCCAGAAGCCCCCUAAGAAACCUGCUCCCAGAGAACAUUACAGUAUUUGAUCCUGGAAGAAAUAGAAAGCCACUGGAGAUCAUUAAUUGUAGGGAAAAGGAUGAGGGACAAAAGGAAUUGGGAUGGGGAAGUUCUAUAACAUGAUCAGAUCUGUGCUUUAGAAAAAAUCACCUUUUUAUCUGAAGGGAGAUUAGAUUAAAGUGGAAAAAGACAUUAGGCAGAAAUAGCAAUUAGAAGGUUAUUGGAAUAAUACAUUGGUGAAGGCCUGAAAUUUGGUUGUAACUGUAUGAGUGGAGAGAAGAUCCAAUUUGUUCCAAUCUUUUUAUUUCUCUUAUGAUGAAUGCUGCCAUAUCUUAUCUACUCCACAAACACAUCUGAGAUUGUGAUGUCCAAAUUUGGUGGCUCUACCAUUGGUGAGAAAAUAGUUUGUUAUAAAAGUCUUUGCCAGGCUUUUGCAUUUUUCUUGUGCUGUUCUUAUAUUUUUAUCCUUGUUAGUCCUCAAAGUGUUCUGUUCACUUGGAUCUCUUGCCAAAUUCACUUUAAACUGGUUUUAUCCUUUACUACUUCUCUUUGCUUUUAUGAAUCAGUACUGCUUUUAAUCCAUCAUCCUUCACAAGAUUUCAUGUCUGAGUUCAUAUCAUACACUAUCAUUAACUUUGGCCACCAUCUCUGUCUACAUGAUAAAUAAAACCUUGUUGAUUAAAACAUC